CGGCAGAAAAAAAAGAGAGAGAGAGAGAGAACUCCAAAUAAUCGCGUGUUGAUUUGAAAGAUCUAUCGCAGGAUGUGCAGGUUUCUUUCGUUGUGGAUUCAGGAUUUCGCCAUGGAUAUGGAGCACAAUUGAGCUGACCGGCAGGAUCGUCUCCGAGUAUCGACACAAUCUCUCUGGUUUGCUGAUGCAAUCGUAUUCCGAGAUUGGGGUGUUUAACCAUUUUUAUCACAUUGGUGGACGGAAGUGUCCGACACACGUAAAUGAUUUGUAUUGCAGCUCGAUGUGUUGUACUUCCUGGUCUUCUUUUUUCUAUGGAAUUUGAUGUUUUUUUUUUGUCAGCCUUUUUAUUCAUUGUUUUGCAGAAGACUCGGCUAGCUACAGAUGGAAAUACGGGAGGCCCUUUUAUUAAACGGGGUAUCUCUGCAGUGAACUUUGACAACAAGGGAGUUUACUUGGUGUCUGUGACAAAAUCUGGGUGCUUAACAGUGCAUGAUUUUGAAGCCCUAUAUUGCCAGAGUAAUGAUUCCUUGAAAUUAGGCUUGGGGGAAGAUGAAAGUAAACAUGUCCUACAUACUUCCUUGAAUCAAAAUCUUGAUGCUGUUAGAUGGAAUCCAGCAAACCAAGAUGAGGUUGCUUGCGCAUCAACGGAAAGUAAUAAGGUGCUCAUCUUUGACAUUGGAUAUUUUUCUAUCAAACCGAUUGAAGUGUUGCGAGCAGGAAGCAUUACUUCUAUUUUUGGAUCUGACAUUCGUAGAGGUCUAUGUGAUAUAGCCUUUACCACAAUUGAUGGUUCAAGGAUGAUAGCUUCUGAUACGCUUGGCAUAGUAAAUGUGUGGGACCGAAGAAUGAACGUAUUUCCAUGUAUUGAGCUGACAACUGUUUCUCCUAGCACUAUCAACAGUAUACAAAUAAGUGUAGAUAAUCAGAUAAUCUUUGGGGGUGGUAAGGAUGGGAUAGUUCACGUGUGGGAUCUUCGUGGUGGAAGAACGUCCACAGCUUUCCAAAGCAAUAAAGUGUUUCGCCAUCCACCUUUGACAUCUUUGAAGUUAGCAUCAAUGCUGGGGGAAAUUGAAUCUUUAAAGGCACAAUCAGAAAUUGUUGCAAAGGAGAUACACUCCAUUAACCUCAACCCAUCUUGUCCAUACCAAUUGGCAUUUCACCUUGACGAUGGUUGGUCAGGUGUUUUGGACAUGCAUAAUUUCCAAGUAACCCACGUUCAUUGCCCUCCUCCAGCCUGGUUGAAUGGUUCCAACACUUCAACUGAUAUGUUAUACUUGAGAAAACCAUCAUGGCUACCGACGAAUUCUGUCUAUGUGGUUGGAUCACCAUCUGACAGUGGCAUUCACAUGUUAGAUUUCUACCCAAGCACCAGCUCCCCCUGCCAUGUGAACUAUAAUGAGGAUUUCCAGAACACAGCUGAAACGAACCAGCCAAGUAAGCAAAAUAGAUUUAUCCCAUUGUCUAAAGGUGUUACUGCAUGUGCUGCUCAUCCACUCAACAGCACUGUCGUAGCUGGGACAAAGGAUUCAGCAUUGCUCAUGGUCUCCCAGAAGAAAGCAUCAGUAAAUUGAAGAACAUCUUUUGAAACAAAACACAGUCGAGUACAUAAGUUCCUAGUUCAAGGUUUUCAGUUGUGGGUCAGCCUGUGAGGAACUUAAAGAAGCCCUUCAAUUCUGGUGUUUCAGAAUAUUGAUUGUUAGUGAUGUCAUUAUUAAUUGUGAGCAGCCAGAAAUAAAAUUGGAUUUGUACGGUUCGACGAUCAGUGUAUUUGGGAAAUAGGUGAAUGCUAUUUUCUAGUUACCCAAGUAACUCUUAUUUGUUC